UAGGAACAGGUUGCGUUCCUAUUUCGAAAUAAGUUUUUGAAUAACUGUUCGUUAUUGUUCCAAAUAUGAAUAGUAUCUUUUCAUAUUUCGUAACGUUCCUAGUUUUACAGACAGUAAUUAGUGAAAAUGUUAGGGACAAUGGAAAUAAUACGGCAAAUGAAUUCCACGAGGAAAAUGAAGGAUCAAGAGCGUUGUCGAGACGAAAGAGAUUCGUAAUAUUUCCAGAUGGAAGCUCUCUACAACUGGUAUUUUGCUGUCAGACCAUGGCGUUGAUCCCCAUCGGUGACAUCUUCCUCUUCGGCAGCACCCUCGGUCUCGCCUGGAACCUGCCCACUGACCCCAGCAUAUUCACCAAUUUGAAGGAAUACGAGAGACCUUUGAGAAGAAAUGAUGUGGUUAAAACUAUUAACUACUUGGAUGAAGAUGGCCAUCUGAUUGCUAAAGUUCCUUAUAAAAAGAGAAUCAUAGUGAAUCCAGCGUUCGCCAAAAGAAGCAUAGAAGUCGAUGACACACUAUCGUUCAAAGAAAAACUAAAAUUAAAAAUAGAUCGGAAGAAGAUGCAUGAGAGGCAUUUGAAAUUAGAUUAUUUGAAGGCUCAGCAUUUAGACAAGAACAGUAUAGAGUUUCAUAGAAGUAAUCGAGUGGAUCUGUAUGAGAAAAUAGAGAAAUUGUUAUCUGCGACGGGUCGCGAUGGACGUCAAUGCGUCCUGUACAGACUAUGUGAGGCAGCGAAGCGGCCGUCGAGUCAGGGGACGUUUAUUCAGGAGUUCUUCAGAGCUGUGUUUACGUUACCCAAAGGCGAAGAGUUCCAGUACGAUGAACUGAAGGAGUACGACACAGCCCACGUUGAAACUGACGACUGCUCGGCACGGUACCCUGGAUGCGAAGACUUGCAUGAAUCGAUAUCAAUAUAA